UACUCGCUCGUAUUCAUUCUACUACCUGCUUGCUUUGAUUCCUUUUGUCGAUAUGAGUGUUGUGUCAAGCUAUUUCUCGCUUCCAAAGUUCGAGAUGCCCGAUCCGGGUAUCCUAAGUUGUGAUUCUCGUGGUCCUAUUAUGGGUGGCAUCAGUUACCAAGCUGAAGUUUCCUCCAGCUGUUCCUUUCCUGUUCCUUUUACUCCCAAAAUCGAACCUGCUCCUUCUCCAGAAAUACUACAAUAUCAAACCUCCCCCAAUAGUUCACAGUUAGGGUCGGGUACUCUGUACAGCACUACUCCACCCUACCCUCCCUCCCAGACCUACUCUCCAGAUCCUACCCCGUCCUACCUCAACUCCCAGUCUCCCUACCACCCUGCCGACCUGUCUCCAGAACAAUCCUACACACAAUCCCCUCCUCGCACAGUCUCUCCUCUCAACUAUCCUACUCUAUCCUACCCUCCCGCAGACCACCCCUCUCCCUACCUCACUCACCCAUCCUACACCUUCUCCAGAGCGGAGACUACACGGAUGUACCCCACUGACCAGUGCAAGGCGCCAACUGAUGUGGCUCCCUGGAAAUCAGAAGUACAGUACCCAGUGGGAGGGUUGGUGGGUAGGAUUGGUGGGCUGAUGGAGGCGGGAGAUAUGGAUAAGCUGGUGGAGUUGGUGUGGUCACUUCCUCCUCCUUCUCCCCUGGAUGAUGAGACUAUAUUUAGAGCUCAUGUUUACGUGGCUUACUAUACCAGGCAGUACCUUCAGUUUUUCUGUUUAAUGCAGUCGCGGAUGUUCAGUCACUGUCACCAUGGUGAUUUGCAAGCUAUGUGGCUCCAGGCUCACUACAAUGACGCUGAACGGAUGAGGGGCCGACCACUUACUGCUGUGGACAGGUACAGACUACGAAAGAAAUUUCCGUUUCCUCCAACGAUUUGGGACGGAGACAACACAUCUUAUUGCUUUAAAGACAGGUCCAGAUCCUAUCUAGUUGAUUUCUACAUGACCAACAAGUACCCUACCCCAGCAGAGAAGAAAGAGAUAUCGAGUAGAUCCGGUCUGAGUGUGACUCAAGUGAGCAACUGGUUUAAGAACCGGAGACAAAGGGACAGGAUGACGCAGAAGCAGGUGGUACUGGCUGGAAAACCGGAUAACGGGUACACCUUGUCACAUGACAUCAUACACACCAGAUAGACUUUCAGGAUGGUCAUGACUCUUAAGACUCCUAACUACCCCUUACCUUUCAUCAUCAGUUAAAUUGGAAUUUUGAUGGAAGUAAGACUGCUAUCAAAUCAGAUUUUUUAACUAAUUGAACUGCUGAUUAAAUCGUAUUCAGAAAUUUAUGAAGGGGCGUAAAUAAAGAAAAUUAUAUUAACCUAAUCAGUCGAUCUGAUUUUUACCUUAUUAUGUCGGCCUUAAAUUUGACUGAAUAAGGUCCGUGAGAAUAAAUAAGAGCUGAUAAUUUUAUUAAGUUGAAGUUUAUUUUCGUAUAAUAUUGAUGUAAACUCCGCGUUUUAACGAACCAAUAACUGAACAACUACUGGCCUAAAAAAUUUAUAUUUGGUUUGAUCUUUUUCCAAAAUAAAAUUGUUCAAUGCGACGAUUUCAAUUAGUUCAACUUAGAGUUAGAGUUUCUUCUCAGAUAUUAUCGUCCUUUUAGUUAUCAUUUCGAAUCUAGACUACAUUUAGAUAUUUUUAAGUGGUCGAUAAGACUCUUGUUAGGGGUUAUAUAAAAACGUAGAUUUGAGAAAGACUAAGAAGAAAAAUUUGAUAUUAUUUAUAGUUAUAUGCCUUUGAAUUGGAAUUAUUUAUUUAUUAUUGUCGACUGUCGUAUUUAAGUGCUUAACUUUAUUUGUAAAUUGAUAU